AUGCAAGCUGCUCAAAUCAUGAUUAAGACGGGUCACAAUAAGGCUUGUGCACUGCCACUUGCAUUCCUGGAAGAUAAGACUGUCAGCUCUUUCUACCAAGUAUGCUUGGCCAAUGGCUGGAUCAAGCCAGCUAAGGAUGAUUCUGUGAUAUCAUUCUCUGAUCUGUCAGUGAUCGAAGUUGCGACCAAUUGGCAUUCCUGGGUGGGACAGCCGAAGGACGCAGGAGUAUUCUCAUCCAGAUAUCUUGGCCAAGGAUCAUCCAAAAAUGCAACAUAUGCGCGCAUCCGUUCACGAGAGUACACCUUGUUGCAGAUAAUCAAGACAGAUUGGAUUAAUGAUGAUGAAAAUCUACGUACACUUCAUGCCGAGUAUGAGCUUCUUGCUGAAGGGCAGUGGUUUGUGAACCAUUUCAUUGAGCUUGCUGAUAGCAAGCAGGUGAAACAUCCUGUGUUUUGCUUUAAUUUUGAGGGUGCUAUCUUAGGCACUUGCUCAGAUGCAAGCAAAUACAGCUGUGUACUCCCAUAUCCCUCUUUCUUGGUGGUUCCUUUGCUUCCUUGCUCAAGUGUUGAUGCCAAGCCUGUGAAGUUUACCGGAAAGGACAACUUGGGCAAUAUCUCACAUGACAUGUAUGAGCAACUAGUCCAUGCUUUCACUCAUUUUUGUGUGGGAUUUUCUGACAAGUGGCUAUGUUUCUGCGACUUGCAAGGAAUCAAGGAUAAUACUGGAACUCUCAUACUCAUCAAUCCUCAGCUGUGCUCCAAUACCGAGGGAAAGGCAAAGGCAAAGGCAAAGGCAAAUGACGGCGGGGGCGGAAUUAAACCUUGGGAUUUGUAG